CCCCCAGCAUGUCGGUUCUUCCUCUGCGGGUGAGAAUGUGGCGCCAGGUGUGGCGGUGGAAGGGCGCCAUCAUCCUGCUCUGCAGCCCGUUCUUCCUGCUGCCGCUCGCCCUCAGCACCACGGAGGCAGCCUGUACUUAUGUCAUCGCCCUCAUGGCGGUGUACUGGUGCACUGAGGUGUUGCCGCUGGCGGUGACCGCGCUGCUGCCGACCAUCCUGUUCCCCAUCCUCGGUAUAAUGGAGUCCAAAGAUGUGUGUAUGCAGUACCUAAAGGACACCAACAUGCUGUUUAUGGGCGGGCUAAUGGUGGCCGUGGCAGUGGAGCACUGGAACCUCCACAAACGCAUCGCUCUCCGAGUCCUGCUGCUAGUCGGGGUCAGACCCGCCCUGUUGAUGCUGGGCUUCAUGGGAGUGACGGCCUUCCUGUCCAUGUGGAUCAGCAACACAGCCACCACCGCCAUGAUGGUCCCGAUCGUCCAGGCCAUCCUGGACCAGCUCCACGGCAACGUAGACCCCGAACCCUCCGCCAAGAGCCAGAGACAGCAGGAGAAAACUAGUGGCAUCCAGCAAACCGCUGCGCCGAACUCCCUGGAGAACGGCCUGAAUGGGGCGACCCCAACACAAAGCAACCCAGAGAAACCCAGAGACCUACGAGACAACAUGUCCUCCGAGCAGAAAGGGUUUUCAGAGGGUCGGAUGGACGGACAGGAGAUUGGGAAACCGACACCACAGGACAAACCUCCAUCAGAGUGCAACAGCAGUGGGCCUGUGGUGGUGUGUGCGGAGACGGUGUGCUGCCAGAUGGAGCUGGAGGAGCUGAGCGAUGACCAGGAGGAGAGGAGGAGGAUGAGUAAGGGGCUCCUGCUGUCUGUGUGCUACGCUGCCAGCAUCGGAGGCAUCGCCACGCUGACUGGAACUGGACCCAACCUGGUUCUGAUGGGACAGAUGAGCCAACUAUUCCCCAAUAACGGUGACGUGAUCAACUUUGCGUCAUGGUUUGCGUUCGCCUUCCCAACAAUGGUGCUGACGCUGACGCUGGCCUGGUUCUGGCUGCAGCUGCUCUACAUCGGCUUCAACCUGCGUAGGGCGUGGGGCUGUGGGCUGGUCCAGUCCGAGAAGGAGCGAGCUGCGUACGAAGUGAUCCGAGAGGAGCAUCGGCGUUUGGGACCGGUGAGUUACGGAGAGUCCAACGUUCUGGCUCUGCUGGUCCUCAUGGUGGUGCUGUGGUUCACACGGGACCCGCGCUUCAUGGCCGGCUGGGCCACGCACGCCUUCAACACCAACGCUGAGUAUGUCACCGAUGCCACUGUCGCUCUGUUUGUUGCUGUUUUGUUGUUCGUUCUUCCAUCGGAGCCGCCACGCUUCCUCUGCUGCUGGAGGAACACACACACAGGUAACACACACACACACACAGGUCCCGCCCCCGCUCUGCUCACCUGGAAGGUGACUCAGCAGAAAAUGCCGUGGAACAUCGUGAUGCUGCUGGGAGGAGGCUUCGCUCUGGCUAAAGGUAGUGAGGAGUCAGGUCUGUCCCUGUGGCUGGGCUCUCAGAUGACCCCCCUCCGCUCCAUCCCUCCGUGGGCCAUCGCUGCCGUUCUCUGCCUCCUCGUCGCCACCUUCACCGAGUGCACCAGCAACGUCGCCACGGCAACGCUCUUCCUGCCCAUCCUGGCCUCCAUGUCUCAGUCCAUAAACCUGAACCCUCUGUACGUCAUGAUCCCCUGCACCCUGAGCGCUUCAUUCGCCUUCAUGCUGCCCGUGGCCACGCCCCCCAACGCCAUCGUCUUCUCCUACGGUCUCCUCAAAGUGUCCGACAUGGCUAAAGCCGGCGUGGUGAUGAACAUCAUCGGGAUCAGCUGCAUCAGUCUGGCCAUCAACAGCUGGGGUUACAUCAUCUUCGGCCUGGACUCGUUCCCGGCCUGGGCCAACGCCACCGCACCGGCAUAGCACCGACAACCUGCUGCCUCACAGUUACUCUCAGGGGUCCUCAG